AUGAAUAAAGAAAAUGUUUGUCAAGCCUUUAAAACAGUCAAAGUUAGCAAUCGUGAAUUAGAAACUUUAGUUAAUUCACGUGUUAAUUAAUUGUAGAGAUAAUUAUAGGAAAAAGAGUAAGAAAUUGCUUAAUUAUAAUAAUAUAAUCCACCUGCACAUUCUCGUUUAAUAGAAAUUAAAUUUGAUACUAUUUAAACAGAGAAUCAUUAAUUGAGAAAUUAAGUUAAUUAAUAUGAAUAAAUGAUUAAAACUAUAUAGAAUAAAUGCAAUUCAUAUUAAAAUUAAUUAGAAACAUUAACUAAUUUACUUUAAGAAACUUAAAACACAUUAGAUUUUGAAAGACAAGCUAAAUAAGCUUUAGAACUCUAAUAAUCAAAUAUUUAAUUAGAUGCAGAAUCAGAAAAAUCAGCAAUCAAAACAUAAAUUGAUUUAUUAAGAAAAGAAAAAUAUCAAUAUUAAUCUUAAUUUUAAGAAAUUGAAUUAUAAUUGAAAUAAUAAUAAUUGGGUAAUAUGGAACUUACUUAAGAACUAACUACACUUAGUAAUUAAUUUUCAUUAUUAUAACUUUCAUAUUCUAAAUUAGAAGAAAAAGCUUAUGAAUUAGAAUCUAAGAAUGAAAUCUUAGUAUCUUAAUUAGAUGUAUAUAAAACUUAAAAUGAAUAAUUGAAAUCUUAAUAGCAUCAAUCUGAUCCUAAAAAUGUAGAAAAACAAUUUUAAUAACAUGAAAGGAUUACUGAACUUGAAGCUAAAUUACGAUUAUCAUAUGAGAAUACUUCAUAAUUCCAACAAUUAUUGAAUGAAAAAUAAGAUCAUAUAAAGAAAUUAGAAAAAUAAUUAUAAAGAUAAUAAAAUUGGAAUGAAAAUAAUAAUAUAUUAUAAGAUUAAUUAGAAAAAUCAUAAUUUGCUUUUGAAGAAAUGUAGUUUGAAAAUUAGAAGAUUGCUAAAUAUUAAUAAUAAUAAAUAGAAUAAUUAAAAAGAUAAUUAGAAUAAUAAAGUAAUAAUAAUGAAGAGUUGAUUGAAACAAAAUAAUAAUUAUAAAAAGUAAAAAUUGAAUUUGAAAAUUAUAAAUCAAUUUAAGAAAGCAAAUUAAAUGAUGUAAAAUAUUAUAUAUUAAUUAAAUAGAUUAAUUCAAAGUCAUAAUUAGAUUAAUAAAAUGAUUGGCAUUUAGAAAAAUCUAAAUUAGUCAGUUAAAUAUAACAUUUAUCAAGUUAAGUUGAAGUUUAAUAAAAUUAAUCUUAUGAUUAAUUGAGAAUACAAAUUGAAAGUUAAAUCUCAUUAAAAUAUGCAACUGAAAAAGUCUAAUUGGAAAAUUAAUUAUGGGCUGUUUAAGAUUAAUUGAAUGGAAUAUAAAAUUCUAUUGAAUUAUAUGUUACAAAAAUCAGUUAAUUAAAUAUUGAAAAUGAUUAAUUAAGAGAAUAAUUAAAUGAAAAUUAGAAUAAUUCAAAAUAAAUAUUAAUAUUAGAAUCAUAAAUACGUAACUUUUGUGUGGAAAUAGAAAAAUUAAAGAGUAUUCUAAUAUAAAAAAGUGAUCAAAUAGAAUUUCUGUCAUAAAAGAAAAGUUAGACAGAAUAAUUGGUUAAUUAUAUAUAAGAAUUAGAAAGAAAAGUGAAUCAAUUAAGUUAAGACAAUUAAAGAUUAAAUACAAUAAUUAUAUAAAGAUGCAAAAAUUAUUGGUGA